AUUCCAUGAAAUAGCUAGCUGCAGACUAAUGUACCCUCUUCCGUAAUAAGCAUUGAAAUGCAGAGAUGUAGAUGUUGACUGCCAUCAAAGUACAAAUCAGACAUUUCCAUUUUUUCCCCUAUCCCUUAUAUUUGAAAACGCUCUUCAUUUAAUUUUUUGGGUCAAGAAGUUGGAGAUCUGGCCUAUACUGAAGUUGAAGAGCGAGCAGCGAAUAUGGGCGUAACGCGAGAGGCGGCACUUACAUAUUUCUAUUUGCUACUUUACAUAGUUCUUUCCAGUGGACAAAUCUUCUUCAAUAAGUGGGUAUUGUCUUCAAAGGAAAUUGGUUUCCCAUAUCCAUUGGGCUUGACACUAUUGCACAUGGUGUUUUCUUCCAUCCUUUGCUUUAUUGUUGUCAAAGUUUUGAAGAUUGUCAAGCUCCAAGAUGGAAUGACACCAGAAAUAUAUAUAAGGUCUGUCUUUCCCAUUGGAGCAAUGUUUGCAAUGACGCUGUGGCUUGGGAAUACAGCAUAUUUGUAUAUUUCUGUUGCCUUUGCACAGAUGUUGAAAGCUAUCAUGCCUGUAGCUGUCUUCUUGUUGGGAGCAGCAGCGGGGCUUGAGGUGCUGAGCUGUAAAAUGUUUUUAAUUAUGUCGGUGAUUAGCUUUGGAGUCCUUGUGGCAUCAUAUGGAGAAAUAAAUGUCAACUGGAUAGGUGUGGUAUAUCAAAUGGGUGGAGUUAUUGGAGAAGCCCUGAGGCUUAUUUUCAUGGAGAUUCUUGUUAAGAGAAAAGGUCUUAAGUUGAAUCCCAUAACUCUAAUGUACUACGUGAGUCCCUGCAGUGCACUAUGCCUUUUUAUUCCUUGGAUAUUUUUGGAGAAGCCAAAGAUGGAUUCAACAACAAAUUGGAGAUUUGAUCCAAUUAUUAUGUCGCUGAAUUCCCUCUGCACUUUUGCUCUCAAUGUGUCAGUAUUUCUUGUUAUCUCACAUACUAGUGCAUUGACGAUCCGUGUGGCUGGCGUUGUAAAGGACUGGGUGGUUGUAUUACUGUCUGCAUUGUUGUUUGCUGAUACAAAGCUUACCACUAUAAAUCUGUUUGGCUAUGGUGUUGCCAUUGCUGGCGUUGCAGCAUAUAACAACAAGAAGUUGAAAGUAGAAGCAUCCACUGUGAACAGAACGGUGGUAGACAUGAAUGAGCUUCCAGCUAGACAUGAGGAGAGCCUAGACAUUCUUCGAGACAGUGCAUCAAAUGACAAUAGAUACUUAGAUGGGAAGAUUGAAAAUGGUCCUGGUCGGCCAGAAAGAUGAUGGACAGUGAAGAAUAUGAUAAUUGCUGGUUACUCAGUUUCCUUGGGGAAGUUUGACCUGGCAUUGGGAACUGUCAUAGAUAGAGAAGCGAGACAGUUGACUUUGGAAGUUCCAGGAAUAAAAAAAGAAAAGUAAGGUUGUUGUGUCUUAAUGAUAUGCUUUCUCAAUAAGACAGUAUCAGUAGCAUUAUUACAAAUGAGCAUAGUCAUGGGUUCAUAUAACGAGAGUCUAGCUCAUGCCUUGGAGUCUUGGACAAUUUUGGCUGUUACAAAGCACUUGAAAAGCGAAGUUUCUAGAAAAUUAGUCAAAGUGAAUUGCAGCUUUGUUGUUUCAUUUCAAAUAAUUUAUUAAAUAUACCUAUUUUUUCAAAAGACUAUUUAGUAGUUUUAGUGCUGAAGCCAUCCAUGUAGGAAACAGAAGGAUGGGGAAACCUUUUCUUGUGGCAGCUCUUGGACUACUCAAUAUUAAAUUUAUUUUUAUUUUUUGUAUAAAUUUUGAGCUCCUUGGUGUUUUAGUUAGACUCCCAAGGUUAGUGAAGUUAAUUAUUUAUUACUUUCAUA